AUGGAAAUGAAAAGCAAUCAGACAUUGGUUACAGAUUUUGUCCUGAUUGGGUUUACAAUAGACUCAUUUCUACACAUAAUCUUCUUUGUGCUGUUCUUGGUCUCCUACACCCUAACAUUGAUUGGGAACUUGGGUCUCAUGACCCUGAUCUACUUGGAUUCCUGCUUGCACACACCCAUGUACUUCUUUGUGGGCAACCUUUCCUUCCUGGAUAUCUGGUACACCUUGGUCUACACUCCUCGGAUCUUGUUUGACUGUGUGUCCAUGAACAAUCACAUGUCCCAAAAAAAUAAUAAUAAUCACAUGUCCCUUGCUGGUUGCACAGCCCAGUUCUUCUUCUCUGCUGGCUUGACCUAUAGUGAAUGCUUCUUACUGGCCUUCAUGGCCUAUGACCGCUUUGUGGCCAUCUGCAACCCACUCCUUUAUGCUACUGCCAUGCCCAAGAAGCUUUGUGUCCAGUUGGUGGUAGGUUCCUACAUAGCUGGUUUUGCCAAUGCCAUUGCCCACACUGCUAACACCUUUCGGCUACGCUUCUGUGGGAAAAAUAUCAUCAAUCACUACUUUUGUGAUGUGGUGCCACUUGUGAAGAUGGCCUGCAAUGACACACAGGUAUAUGAACUCAUUCUGACUGCUCUUAUUGGUAGUAAUAUGUUAGCAACCACAGUUGUGAUCCUGAGCUCCUAUAUUGGUAUUGGGGCAGCCAUAGUCCGCAUCCGCUCAGCUGCAGGGAGACGCAAAGCCUUCUUCACUUGCUCUGCUCACAUGGUUUCAGUCACCCUCUUCUAUGGUUCCAUUCUAAUUAUGUAUUGCAGACCCCACUCUCAACACACUCCAAAUUCAGACAAGGCAAAUGCAUUGUUCUAUAUGGUAGUCAACCCUCUGCUCAACCCUUUAAUUUACAGCUUACGCAACAAAGAUGUGAAGGCAGCCUUCAAGAAAAUAAUAAAGUCAACAGUCAAGGAACAGCUCCUAUCACAAUUGCUUGACAGCUUAUUUCUGCAAAAUAUCAUGUUUUGA